UACUUACGUUAUUUCUUUACAAUAAUACAACUGACGUAAGUAAUCAACUUUUAUUGAGCAGACCAUUCAUUAAACGUAUACCAACUAAAACCAGAUUUUGUGACGUAGCCCGGGACAGCAUGAGACGGGGAAUCACCUGGUGAAGGAAUAAAGUUUCGCAUAUGAAAUAUGACGCUACACAACAAAGGAUUUACGUAAUACACCUACGCAUUCUUAAUUAGAACAACAAGUACUACAAAUUCGGAGGUCAUUUAUUAGCAUAGCGUUAGCUUAUUAUGUAUAGGUUAAAGAUUUUUUGGGCAAUUGAUGUAACAGCUCAAGUAAAAACAGUAGGCUGUAUGAAAUUAAUUUGAUCAACAAAUAUGUCGCAAAGCAGACGAAAAUCUCGUUUACAAAAAGUUUUGUCCGAUAACAGAAUAACUCCCGAAGAUGCGCUUGUGGGGUUAAGCCAACUUAGUUGCUGUAACUCAAGGGCAGAUCUGCAUUUUAAAGAAGAAGAAAUUUCAUCCCUUCUGAAUGUUUUCUCUAAAUUGCUGAAAUCCAAUGGACCGAAGGAGCAAGUUGAAGAUGCAUUAGGAAUACUAUUCAAAGCAGAUAUAUCUGAAAAUGUUUUAAAAUAUCUUCAUAAACUUGCAAAAAAAAAUGAAGCAGCUGAAACGCAUCAAGCUGCAAGACAAGUCAAGAUUAUUUUGGAUGUUUCUAUUGCUGCUGCAGAUUUUUAUGCGUUGCUUGAGGAUAUUAAUAAGGUAUAAAUACUACUAUAUUCAUAAUAUAAGAUAGCUUAAUUG